AUGUUGACUCCCGUGUAUGUGUUUGUGAAUGCGUGUGUGUGUGCGCGUGUGUGUGUGCGAGUGUGUGUGGGUAUACCAAACUCACCGACACCCCCUUUACUCUGCUUGAAAAGCUUUUCAAGAGUUACCUCUCUUGGUCACAGGGCUCUGUCAAAUCAAAGCCAUGCCGCCUCUCUUGGCGCCGAUCUGCUGUCCUCACGAGGCCGCAGCCUUCCUCAGCACUUCAAGUCCUGCCCUGUGCCCUCUCUCGGGGCUUGGUACUUGGCGUACCUUCUUUUUUUUAUUUCUCUCUCUUGUUGA